AUGUUCGCGUCUAGAUCGAAGUGUAUAUUCACUCUUUGUUCCGCUUUCCUACUCCUCUCUGCUCCGAUUGUCCAGGCAGCCAACUCCUUCGCUGGAUCUAACCUGUAUUAUGCGGCAGGUCUGUACGAUGAUGACAGAACUACCCUACUUCAAGGGCUGCAAAGCGCUGGUAUGAAGGUGCUGCGUGUUUGGAUUGGCGGACAGUCAACCAGCCAGAAGGGGACCAACAUCAAUCCCUUCAACGAUCUUGAGCCCAACACUCCUUGCAACGGAGAUGCCUCUUGCUACGACGACACGGUCCUCGAACGUUUGGACGACUUCAUGGUGGCGGCCAACUCCUACGGAAUCAAGCUCCUGAUCACCAUGCAUAGUUACAAUGCUCUGUCUAGUAACGAUGCCUAUGGAAAGUGGUAUGGCAUCAGCGACUUCUACACCAACACCGACGCGCAGACCUACUUCGACGCUCGCCUCGUACAUAUCCUGAACCACGUGCACACUUCGCUCAACAAGCCGUGGAAGGAGCUGAACGACUACAUCUUUGGCUUUGAGGCGGAGAACGAAGCAAUGAUCGGGGAUGGCCAAUCCUUCAUUGAGGACCAUCAGCAAUGGCAGUGCGACCGUGCCGGGACAAUCAAGGGUCAGCUCGGCAACAGCAGUGGGAUUCUUGUCUUGACCGGCGGAGCGUCGUGGCUGGCCGAGUCCGUCCAACCUGAUUGGUUGACCUGUGAUGCGUUGGACGUCAUUUCAAUCCAUGCCUACGGUACCGGAGAUCUCUCCACCUCCGCCUUGAAGCCAUACGUUUCGCAAGCGCAGUCCGCUGGCAAGAAGUUGAUUGUGGAAGAAUGGGGUGCAUGCUACUUCGACACCUCCAACAACGAUUGUCCUACGGGGGAUGCUUUGUCUACGGACACACGCAACGGCAAUAUCCUCAACUGGGCCGAGCAAAUCGAUGGUGCGGGGCUUGCUUGGCUGUACUGGCAAGUUCUCCCCAACGCUGACCCUCAUCAAUCAUAUGACUACGAGAUCGGCAUUGUGGACGACCCGUCCUGGAGCACCCUCCAGCAGGCAGCGAAAGCGGCCGCACAGGCCACAGCCGCAUUCGAUUUUUCGGCUUACCUGCUGUGA